AUGUUGACCCGAUACGCCCUUCGAUCCCGGUCGAUGAUUAGCCACGCAAUUUCUAAGCUCAACGCCGUUCCGAAGCUUGUGGCUUACUCCACGAGGGUCUCAUUGUACCCUUCGAGCAGCAGUUCCCGGAGCACCAUCCCUCGAUUCCGUUCAGCCAAUCACCCUACGACCAACUUUCAGUCGGUUCGGUUUGCAAGUGGCGGAUCAUUAAGCAAGGAUGACAUUCAACGUAGAAUCCUCGAAGUAUUGGGAAGCUUUGAAAAAUGUGACCCUGCCAAGAUCACCCCUACCGCCUCCUUCACAUCGGACUUGGGCCUGGACUCUUUAGAUGCAGUCGAAGUUGUCAUGGCGAUUGAAGAGGAGUUCUCGAUCGAAAUCCCAGAUGAGGAAGCUGAUCAGAUCACUACAGUCAACGAAGCUAUCUCAUACAUCGAAAGAACCCCCGAAGCAAUAUAA